AUGGAUACUUCUGUUAAUCAAACCAUGGCAUUUGAUGCUGCCAAAAUUUUCAAUGAAUUGGUGAACAAUUUUGACUUUGCUGAAUUUAUGGAAAAGAACUUCAACAUCACUGAAAUCCCAGCCUGGGUUUCUGUUCACUCCCCAUCUGUUGAUCAUCCAUUUGGUCUUGAAUUAUGGCCAAUAUUUUCUAAAGUAUUUGAAUCUAUUGUAGGUUAUCCAGCAGAAGAUUUUGAAUUUAUUUACAACAAAACUUUCUUAGCCAAUGGUUACCAUGCUAUCGGUAUUAUCUUAUGUUACUAUUUUGUCAUAUUUGGUGGUCAAGCUAUCUUAAGAGCUGUUAAUGCCAAACCAAUCAAAAUUAACUUCCUUUUCCAAUUACACAAUUUAUUCUUAACUUCAAUUUCCUUAAUUCUUUUACUUUUAUUAGCUGAACAAUUGAUUCCUAUGAUCUAUCACAAUGGUUUGUUCUGGGCUAUAUGUGCUCCACAAGCUUUUGCACCAAAAUUGAUCACUUUAUACUAUUUGAAUUAUUUGACUAAAUUCGUUGAAUUGAUUGAUACUGUUUUCCUAGUCCUAAAGAGAAAAAAACUUUUAUUCUUACACACCUAUCACCAUGGUGCAACUGCUUUAUUAUGUUACACACAAUUGAUGGGUCACACCGCUGUUGAAUGGGUACCAAUCACUUUGAACUUAGGUGUUCACGUUGUUAUGUACUGGUACUAUUUCCUUUCCUCGUGUGGUAUUAGAGUCUGGUGGAAACAAUGGGUCACUAGAUUCCAAAUUAUUCAAUUUUUGAUUGAUUUAGUGUUCGUUUAUUUUGCCACCUACACAUUCUACGCUAAUAAGUACUUCCAUAAUAUCUUACCACACAAGGGUACAUGUUACGGCACUCAAGAUGCCGCUGCUUAUGGUUAUUUGAUUUUAACUUCUUACUUGGUUUUAUUCAUUUCUUUCUACAUCAAUUCUUAUAAGAAGAAGGGUGUUAAGAAGUCUAAAUCCAGUUCCAAGAAAUCUGCUUCAAAGAAGUCUUCUUCUGGUUCUUCUAAAAGCAAGAUCUCUGGCUCAAAGAAACAUGUUACCAAGGCUACUUCUAGAAAAGCUUAA